ACAGAUAUUUUAUCAAUGUUUUGUCUCAGGAACGAUCCAAAAACACUUUAAACUGCAGUAUAGCCCAUUGAAGAGACUGCACGUCUGUCCCUCACAGCCUCGUUGUCAUUCCCAUUCAAAUUCAAAGAUGGCGCUAGUGUGAAUAAGGUCAGUUGACACUGAGAACAGGAAACGGUUAGUUCAAUUUUAGCAAAGUCUUUCUAGCAAGUCAGUCCACUGUCGGCCAUUUGUGGAACACUCUCGGGAGGCUAUUUCCAGUUAUGUCAGUGCAGCUCCUAUCUACUUGAAUGGAGAAAGACCAAAAUCUCAAAAACGUCUCUUUGAGGAUGGAUCGCAGGAGCGGUGCGUACAAACUCAGAGGCUGUGAGUCAGAGGAACCUGAGGAUGUGCAUUUUAGGUCAGCUGAACAUUUGUUAGGUGAGGAAGACAAUGAUAAGGCAACAUCUGAGAGGAAAGAGGAUGGAGAAGAAUCGCGUAAAUCAGGGAGAACCCCAGUGUCCCGCAUUCCUACCUUUCAAAGCUCCCUGGCCCGCAAGCGAGUCACCGUCCAGACUGCAGAGUCAUCCACCUCACCCAAGACGGAUGGAUCCAGUCAACAGGGCCAAAAAGAGAAAGCUGGCUCUGUAGAAGCUGGAAAGGCAAAAAUAUCAGUAUAUGGGGGGAGAGAAACAGCACUGCCCAUCCCAUCAGCUCAUUUGCACACAAGCUGCGAUAUCUCAGAUAACACCUCCAGUACUUUAGCUCCGAGAAGUGAUCAUUCCCUUGAUCAAACAUCUGAGAUUACAAAGGACUCUGAUCAGGUUGAAAUGCCACUGCAACGGCCCCCACUCAAGAACAUCCAUGAGACCUCUGUAACCUCUAAUCUCGUCGUAGAGCCAGUUAAUGAAUUUGAGACUGUAAGUGGAGAGACCCCUUCUGAAGAUGAACCAAUAUCUGCACAGGUUGCAGCUGUAGAUCAGCUGAGCUCUUGCUCCUCCGUUGAGUUCUCUGAUCAAGUUUGUGAAGAUACUGUGGUAGAAGACUUUGAAAAGGGAAGCGUGAAAGAGACGGUAUACCCAUCACAAAUGGUAGAAGAAAAUUGUGUAACAGAGAAUGAUGUGAAACAGUGCUCUGUUCUAGAUAAAGCUGAUGGUUGGACACAUAGAGGUCAAGAUAAAACUGCUAAGAUGCAUAAAUCAUCAGAUAGGAAAGACUCAGUAAAAUGCCUUGAAGAAACAGGACAGAAAAGCAAAACUGCUGAUACAACUCACACAACACACAGCAAGACCAGAAUGUGCACACCUUCAAAGCAAGGAAAAGGAGGGAGCUUAGCUCUUUUCUUUCUCUUGCCCUCCAUACUCCUCCUUUUGGGUGGAUUUGGACUACACAUCUGGCAGUAUGGAAUCCCUAAAUCUGUGUCACACCUAAUGUCACAAUUGGAGCUGCACUGGCUGGAAAGUUUAUGGCUGCCUCAAGAGACAUGCACCACUGACUGUAGGUUCACUCUUGUUGAAAGCAUCCCUGAAGGUCUACCCUCUGGCUCACCACACCUACCAAGCAUCUCUGAGGCUUGGACUAACCUACUAAAUGGAGCAAACAGCUCUGUCCACAUUGCUGCGUUCUAUUUCACACUCCGAGACUCAGACCUUGGUCUUACAGAGCCCUCGUCUGUGCUGGGCAAAAAAGUGUUCAACAAACUAAAGCAGCUGGAACCCAAAGGAGUGAAGUUAAAGAUUGCGGUGAACGCCCCUCAGCCAUACAUUGAAGACACAGAUGAACUGGUAGCAACAGGAGCUGAGGUCAGGGAAGUUGACCUACAGAGUAUCACUGGGGGCAUUUUGCACACCAAACUAUGGGUUGUGGAUAAGAAACACAUGUACGUAGGGAGUGCAAACAUGGACUGGCGUUCCCUUACCCAGGUCAAAGAGGUUGGAGUGUCUGUAGAAGACUGUAGCUGUCUAGCACAGGACGCCUCACGGAUAUUUGACAUUUACUGGGAGACUGGUUCUCAGAAGAAUGGAUCGCUACCUCCUUUCUGGCCUGGCCGGUUCUCCGCCCUCUCUAGUUCUAAGUACCCAUUAGCUGUUAAAUUCAACGGUGUCCCUGCACGUGUCUAUUUGUCUAGUUCUCCUCCUCCUUUAUCAUCAUAUGGACGUUCUGAUGAUCUCUCAAGCAUCCUUUCUGUAAUUGCUGAUGCUGAGCAGUUUAUCUAUGUGUCUGUGAUGGACUACCUUCCCAUGUCCCAGUUCACAGAGCCCAUCCGGUUCUGGCCUGCCAUCGACUCGGCGCUCCGUGAGGCUGCUUGUGCAAGAGGUGUUGAGGUGAAACUGUUGGUCAGUUGUUGGAAUCACUCACCUGGUGCCAUGUUUGUCUUUCUACAGUCUUUAUCAGUCCUUAACAAGCCUCCGCUGAGCUGCAACAUUCAUAUUAAAGUUUUCGAAGUGCCUUCAACACAAGAGCAGAAGACGAUUCCGUUUGCACGUGUCAACCAUGCCAAGUACAUGGUGACUGAUCGAGUUGUUUAUAUUGGCACAUCCAACUGGUCUGAUAAUUAUUUCACCCAGACGGCAGGGGUUGGGCUUGUGGUGAAUCAGACAGGUUCUGCAGUAGGGUGGGGUCAGCAAACCAUUCAAAGCCAAUUACGUAAUAUUUUCCAUAGGGACUGGGAUUCAGAAUAUGCCCAAACCCUCACUGACGAUCAUGCAGAGCACUGCAGUGGGAAAAAGCUUACAUAAUAUAAUAUGCUCUUUAUUUGUUAUGUUGCUAAGCACCCUUCAAGUAAUGAAAACAUGAACAACCUGGAACUUAUUCAAGCAUUCUUACCUGCGGCAUUCCUGCCUACUGAUAAAUUAUUCAUACUGUAUAUAUGUGGCCAAAUGAAAUGGAUGCUGUGCAUUUUUAAUGUUUGUUAAGAUACAGUAUGUUUUUGUUUUUCAUCAAGUGCAUUUGCUGUGCAUUUAUUGUAUAUUUGCAUUAUGUGACAUUUGCAAGAAUAAGGACAAGGUCCUUGAGCAAGUACUGAUUUAUGAAGUUGAUGAUGCUAAAUUUGACACGUGCAUGUAAAUUAAAUAUUGUUAUUAAGCCACCUUAAUAGGUGCUUUGGCUGUAAAAUGUAUUUUUGAAAUAAAACUGUACUUUUCAGU